AAAUAAAAAAGUGACACAACUGAGUAUAAAUGUGGUUAAUAAUGACACUUUUAAGUCUUGUACAAACUUUUGGAGAAAUGCUUCACUUUGUUUGAUUUGCUGUUGUGUUCAGGCACGUGCAGCAUGAGCUCAGAGGUGUGCCCAUUCUGCGGGAAAACAUACAAAAGGUUGAAGUCCCACCUGCCACACUGCAAGGCAGCAGCAAACCCCAAAACACCUCCAACCCAACAUGAUGUCACAGCGAAUCCAGCUACAGCAGCUUCUCAGUUGGCCUCAGGCUUGUCUGACAAGAAAACCAUACAUACGAAAAAGAGUAAGAAGGUGUCUGACGUAACAUCGGUAUCACCACCGUCAUUAUCACCAACGACAUCUUUGAAGAAUGUAAACAUAUCCUCCGAUUCUCAGCCAGCAUCGUCGUCUCCAAUUUCUAAGCCACCAUCAACUAAGAAGAAACUGAAGCUGUCUGAUCAAAUCAAAAUGGCCAACAUAACCUCCUCUACCUCCUUGUCACCAUCUCUCGCUCCCUCUCCGGCCCUUUCUAAGCCAAAAAAGCAGAGUCUCGGUGCUUUGAUAGAAGCUGCGAAGUCCAACCAGCUUUCUGAGGGACAACUAGAGGGAACCAGCACUUCCUCACUGAGCCCAACAACCAGUCCUUUAAGCUCAGUUACCAAAACUAAUCCAGAUAUAGACACAUUUACCCAUGCUGCGCUUCCAUCCACAGAUGCCAAACCCAAACGUUCCCCCCAAAAAAAGGUCUCACAAUCUCUCUCCAAAACCAAAAAUACCUCAGCGUCUCUGGACUCAAAAGUGAGCAAAAGUCGUGCAAAAGGCAACUUCUGGGAGGACAGCAAAUGGGAAAAAGAGGAUUUAUCUGGGAAUGAGAUCCUGUGGAAUUCAGAAAGUAGUAGUCACCAGGCCAAAAUUACCCUCCAGGAUGUUAAGACCAUUUUACGUCGACCUAAAACCACCAAUCAGUCCAGUAGAGCGAGCAUCCUGGGCCAGAUUAAAAGCAGUGUCAGUCCAGCUCCAGCAGAGAACCAAAAGGAUGAUACUACUAGCCACUUGGUAAUAACUAAACCUCUAUCAAACCAGCUGCCCAGUCCUAGUUUACAACCUAAGGCGCUCACACCAGCUAAGAGAAAAAAGUCCAAACAAGUAUCUUUAAUCCCGCUGCAGGACGAUGGUUCCCUUCAGUCCAAACUCUCCUCCCCUGGAACCCCACUUCUCUCAGACUGUCUAUCGUCCCAGAUGAGCCAAGCCACACCGCUUCCACCUACAGUCAGCCUGAAUACGAGCCAUCACAUGACAUCUCUCACCCAGUUCUCUAACCCUCCACGUUUCCCUCUCGCUACACAAAAUCUGCCAGUCAGGGUGGAGAUGGUGGAGAAGCCGCAGCUCGAGGCCAAGAGAGAAAACGCUGCAGGUGAUGGAGCGAAGGGUGAUCUGAACCAGCGGAGUCUUGGGAAGGUGAGACUGAGGGAGCUGCCGGAGUGGCUGGCCUGUAAAACUCCUACUCGUCCUCGAGACGUAAUGCAAAUUAUGCAAAGAGGCUGGCAGUGGUAUUACAAAAGAUAUAUUGAUGUGAAAAGAGGCAGUGUUGGUGGACUGGGCAUGCUGUUAGCAGGAUACUGUGUGCUCAGCUACAUCUGGAGUUACCCUCAUAUAAGUACGUGUGUGGAUUCCUCUGUGUUUGUUUAUGGAGCAGUUAGAUUUGGAGAUAACUUGACAAGUCAAUGGCUGCUUUUUUUUUCUUUCUUUCUUUUUUUCCAGAGCACGAUCGCUGGAGGAAGUACCACUGAGGUCAACGGAUUAUGUUUGGACAAGCGUGAUCGUUAUGAGGAAACAGCAGCUGUGGCAAGCAGAGGGAAGCUUCAGGACUUUCAGGCGAUAAUAUGUAAAUAUUCCACACACGUCUUCUGGAUUUACAUCUGAAUAAACGUUAAUGUGUAAUUAAUCUAAACAUUUCCUCUGGAUUUACAUCUGAGACACAUUUGUUUUCAGUUUAGCAGCUGGAACAGAUGUAACUCUGGUUUCAUUCUCAACUCAUUUGCACCUGCAUAUGACUUCUGAAAUGUGAGCCUGUGGGCACUAUAGCUUUUAAAUUAUGUUUUAAUGUCAAAUAUUUAUUUACUUAUCAUGUUUAUCUUAUUUACAGUGAUUUAUGAUUUAUGUGUUUUGGGAAUAAAAGUG